CCUGAGCCGCGCCCGGCCCGGCCCGGCCCCGCCCGGCGGCCCAAUGCUCCUCCUCGGCCUCCUCCUGCUCGCAUCCGCGCUGGCCGGCCGCAGACCCGCGACCCGCGCGGAGCCCAGCCCGGGCGCCAAGCUGCAGCUCGGCGGCGGCGCCAAGGAGCACAACGGAGUGCAAGACCCCCAGCACGAGAGGAUCAUUACGGUGUCUGCUAAUGGCACUGUUCACAGCCCCAGAUUCCCUCACGCUUACCCGAGGAAUAUGGUCUUGGUGUGGAGACUCGUAGCAGUAGAGGAAAAUAUGUGGAUACAGCUUACAUUUGAUGAGCGGUUUGGGCUGGAGGACCCGGAAGACAACAUCUGCAAGUAUGAUUUUGUAGAAGUCGAGGAGCCCAGUGAUGGAAGCGUGUUAGGGCGCUGGUGUGGCUCUGCUGCUGCCCCAGGAAAGCAGAUCUCAAAAGGAAACCAGAUAAGGAUCAGAUUUGUAUCUGACGAAUACUUCCCUUCAGAGCCAGGGUUCUGCAUCCACUACAACAUCGUCCUGCCACAAGUUGCAGAGGUGGGGAGUCCUUCGGUGUUGCCCCCUUCGGCUUUGCCCCUGGAGCUGCUCAAUAAUGCCAUCUCGGCCUUCAGUACCUUGGAAGAACUCAUUCGCUAUCUCGAGCCGGACAGGUGGCAGCUGGACCUGGAAGAUCUGUACAGGCCCUCUUGGCAGCUCCUGGGCAAGGCUUUCGUGUUUGGAAGAAAAUCCAAAGUGGUAGACCUGAACCUUAUAAAAGAGGAGGUGAGAUUGUACAGCUGCACCCCUCGGAACUUCUCGGUGUCCAUACGGGAGGAACUGAAGAGAACCGAUACCAUUUUCUGGCCAGGUUGCCUCCUGGUUAAACGCUGCGGUGGGAACUGUGCCUGCUGUCUCCACAGCUGCAAUGAGUGUCAGUGUGUUCCAAGCAAAGUCACGAAAAAAUACCAUGAGGUCCUUCAGUUGAGACCGAAGAGCGGCGUCAGGGGGUUGCACAAAUCGCUCACCGACGUGGCCUUGGAGCACCACGAGGAGUGUGGCUGCGUGUGCCGAGGCAGCGCCGGGGGAUAACCGUGUCGGGCUGGCAGCUCCCGAGCGGCUCGGCGAGGCCCCAGCUCACGCCUGUCUGCAUCCCCAGUCUCAGUUUGCUUCCGGGACCUCCCAUCUGCAGGACGCACGGUGCCUUGGUGCCUUCCCCCCGGGAGGCCCCAUGAGUGGGAAGCACAGCAGAGCCUGGAGCAAAAGGGACAGGGGAGGCCAGCGCCAAUCGGAUAGCCUGGGCUCGGCUCCUCCCGCCAGCACAGGCUGACUGCCGCUGCUAGGAAGGAGGAGCUGCAGGUCAUCACCUCGCUCUGCUUAACCUGAAGCGCCAUGUUCUGGGCCUGCAAUCAUGGGAGAUCUGGAAAAGUUUUUUGCCUUAUAGUCACAUGUAUAAAUCAGAAUGUUCUAUGAACUUGGGUUUGCAAGAGGAGCUCUGUUAAACUGGUGUCAUGCUGAUAGGAAAGCCUGGAUUGUCCAUGUUUCUUAUUAAAAUGUCUGCCUUUUAGAAGAAGAGAACUACAUUCACGGUUUGGAAGAGACAAACCUGAAGAGAAGAGUGGCCUUAUCUUCAUUUUAUCUCUAAGUUGGUUAUUUGUUUCAUUGUGUACAUUUUCAUAUUCUCCUUUUGACAUUAUAACUGUUGGCUUUUCUAAUCUUGUUAAAUAUAUCUAUUUUUACCAAAGGUAUUUAAUAUUCUUUUUUAUGACAACCUAGAUCGACUAUUUUUAGCUUGGUAAAUUUUUUUCUAAGCAGAAUUGUUACAGCCAGAGAACAAAGAUGAUAUAAAAUAUUGUUGCUCUGACAAAAAUACGUGUAUUUCCUUCUCAUACGGUGCUAGAGCUUAGAUGAAUCUGCAUUUUAAAAUAUGGAAGUGGGAAGUCCAUAGAACUGGUUAGUCACAAAUACUUUUUGGAAAAUAGUUAUCAUAAGCCAGAUGCAGCCUCUGACUCUAUUCCACUCAUUAACACCCAAACCCUCUUUGGGGGAAGCUGAACCAACUCAGAAGAACAUAUUACACCUUGAUAAAACAGGACCACCUUCCAGACAAGUGUGCUGUGCUGAGCAGUAGAAUCACAUCCUCUUUAUUUUGACGCUCUGGUUUUAUUACCCAUGUAAACUCUGUUCCAUACACUUGUAUAAAUACAUGGAUUUUUUAAUGUACAGAAGUAUAUCCUUUAACCAGUUCACUUAUUAUACUCUUUGGCUAUUGGAAAGAAAAUCAGUAAAAUACCUUGCUUGUAAAACGCUUAAUAUUGUGCCUAGGUUAUAUGGUGACUAUUUGAAUUAAAAAUGUACUGAAUCAUCAAAUAAAAAAUAUGGCUAUUUUGGGGAGACAACUAAG